GGCGCGGCCUGAGGAAAUUUCCUCUUACACUCCCUCUGGUGCAGGCUCCAGUUUCUCCUCCUAUCUUCUCCAUUUUACUAGUCCCUGCAGGAUUUCACUAGAAUAUUGUUUGGAGAAAGUAUCAUGGAAGUUCUGCGCCCACAGCUUGUAAGAAUUGGUGGACGGAUUUACAGAAAAAAUCCCAUCCAAGAACAGACUUGUCAACAUGAAGAAGAUGAUGAAGACUUCUAUCAAGGCUUUGUGGAGUAUGCAGAGGAGCCCUGUGAUGCCUACGAGGUGGUGCCGACCCAGCAAGGUUUCCGGUGUACCGUGAAGGCCCCCAGUUUGCUCUACAAGCACAUAGUUGGCAAAAGAGGGGACACUAGGAAGAAACUAGAAGUGGAAACCAAAACCUCUAUUAGCGUUCCUAAGCCUGGACAAGAAGGAGAAAUUGUAAUCACUGGCCAGCAUCGAAGUGGUGUAAUUUCAGCUCGAACUCGGAUUGAUGUUCUUUUGCUCACUUUUAGAAGAAAGCAACCCUUCACUCACUUCCUUGCGUUUUUCCUCAAUGAAGUUGAGGUUCAGGAGCGAUUCCUGAAGUUCCAGGAGGAAGUACUGGAGAAGUGCUCCAUGGAUCAUGGGGUUGAUAGCACCAUUUUCCAGAAUCCCAAAAAGCUUCACCUAACCAUUGGGAUGUUGGUGCUUUUGAGUGAACAAGAGAUCCAGCAGACAUGUGAGAUGCUACAGCAGUGUAAAGAGGAAUUCAUUGAUGGCAUUUCUGGGGGGAAACCCCUAGAAGUAGAGAUGGCAGGCAUAGAAUACAUGAACGAUGAUCCUGGCAUGGUGGAUGUUCUUUAUGCCAAAGUCCAUAUGAAAGAUGGCUCCAACAGGCUGCAGGAAUUAGUCGAUCGAGUGCUGGAACGUUUUCAGGCAUCUGGACUAAUAGUGAAAGAGUGGAAUAGUGUGAAACUCCAUGCGACAGUGAUGAACACUCUAUUCAGGAAGGACCCCAAUGCUGAAGGCAGGUACAAUCUCUACACAGCAGAUGGCAAAUACAUCUUCAAGGAAAGAGAAUCAUUUGAUGGGCGAAACAUUUUAAAGCUGUUUGAGAACUUCUGCUUUGGUACCCUGAAGCUUAAUUCAAUUCACAUCUCUCAGAGGUUCACAGUAGACAGCUUUGGAAACUACGCCUCCUGUGGGCAAGUUGACUUCUCCUGAGGUGGAUCUUGGGAAGUGCUAGAAGUUGAACAUCCUCACAAGGUGCAGAGGGAAAGUAUCCUCGUUUGAAUUACUGAAGAGGGAUGUAGAAAUGUGAAUGGUGACUUUCCUGGGAGGUUCCCCACACAAACCAUGGUCUCUAAUGGUUGUUCACAGUCCUCAAACUGUCUGUCGUCCAAGGGGGUUGUGGGCACGGGGUGGUUUUGUAACCCUUGGCUUGUUCAUCUUUCACAGGGUCUACCUUUCUUGCUGAAGUUCUUCUCUGGAAAUGUACGUCUCAAGCCCAUUGGAGCUGAGAUUCACAUUAUUUCUUAUACACCUACUGAUUUUGCUCCAGCCAUUAAAGUUUCAUAUUAAUACUUUAAAAGAGAAUUAAAGAUGUGGUUUUGUUACUCUCUCCACC